AUGGCCUCUCCCUCGAUGCUCACGAAGUUCGAGUCGAAGUCUUCGCGAGCGAAAGGAAUCGCCUUCCACCCAAAGCGACCAUGGAUUCUCGUCAGCUUGCACAGCAGCACCAUACAACUUUGGGACUAUCGCAUGGGAACCCUGAUUGACCGCUUUGAAGAACACGACGGGCCCGUUCGAGGUAUCGAUUUCCACAAAACUCAGCCCCUCUUUGUAUCUGGUGGCGAUGACUACAAAAUCAAGGUGUGGUCGCUUCAGUCUCGGAGAUGCCUGUUCACCCUGAAUGGGCAUCUGGACUAUGUCCGCACAGUCUUCUUCCACCAUGAGUACCCAUGGAUUCUCUCAGCCUCCGAUGACCAGACGAUCAGAAUUUGGAAUUGGCAAAACCGUCAACUCAUCUGCACCAUGACCGGGCACAAUCAUUACGCUAUGUGCGCGCAGUUUCAUCCUAAGGAAGACCUGAUUGUAUCGGCAUCGCUAGACCAGUCCGUGCGAGUGUGGGAUAUCUCAGGGCUCCGUAAAAAGCACUACUCUCCCUCCUCAAUGAGCUAUGAAGACCAGAUGGCUCGGACCAAUCAGCAACAGGCUGAUAUGUUCGGCAACACCGAUGCCGUCGUGAAAUUUGUGCUUGAGGGUCACGAUCGUGGUGUGAACUGGGUCGCUUUCCAUCCGACACUACCACUCAUUGUGUCUGCCGGUGAUGACCGACUCAUCAAGCUCUGGCGCAUGAGCGAGACCAAGGCUUGGGAAGUCGACACUUGCCGCGGACAUUUCCAGAAUGCUUCAGCCUGCUUAUUCCACCCCCAUCAAGACUUGAUCCUGUCGGUCGGCGAGGACAAGACUGUCCGUGUUUGGGACCUCAACAAGCGGACGUCCGUCCAGUCUUUCAAACGUGAGAACGAUCGAUUCUGGGUGAUCGCCGCUCACCCCGAGAUCAACCUUUUCGCUGCUGGCCACGACAAUGGUGUCAUGGUCUUCAAACUCGAGCGUGAGAGGCCUGCCUCCUCCAUCUAUCAGAACACUCUGUUCUACAUUGCCAAAGACAAGCAGGUCAAGUCCUACGAUUUCACCAAGAACGUUGAGUCACCUUCGCUGCUAUCUCUACGCAAAUUUGGCAGCCCUUGGGUGCCCCCGAGGACGUUGUCGUACAACCCUGCUGAAAAAUCCGUGCUCGUAACUUCUCCUUCGGAUAACGGUGUGUAUGAGCUGGUGAGUCUGCCUCGCGACGGAGCUGGAGGUUCGGACCCGACCGAUAUCAAGCGCGGCUCAGGCAAUUCUGCAGUCUUCGUCGCGCGUAACCGCUUUGCCGUUUUCAGUACCUCUACGCAAUUGGUGGAGAUCAAAGACCUAAGCAAUUCGACCACCAAAUCUUUCAAGGCGCCGCAUGGAACGACAGAUAUCAGCUUCGGCGGUACUGGCUGCCUCCUUCUCAUCUCGCCUUCGAACGUUGUGUUAUAUGACAUUCAACAGAAGAAGCAGCUGGCCGAGCUUGCCGUGACUGGCGUCAAAUAUGUCUCAUGGUCAAACGACGGCCUGUACUGUGCUCUACUCAGCAAGCACAAUGUUACCAUUGUGAACAAAAACUUGGACCAGGUCAGUACGCUGCACGAAACAAUUCGAAUCAAGAGUGCUACAUGGGACGACUCGGGUGUACUUCUGUACUCAACACUGAAUCACAUCAAGUACACCUUGCUUAAUGGCGAUAACGGUAUCGUGCGUACCCUAGAUCACACAGUGUACUUGGUCAAGGUCAAGGCUCGCAGUGUUUACUGCUUGGAUCGCGCGGCUAAGCCCCGGAUUCUGCAAAUUGAUCCCACAGAAUAUCGCUUCAAGCUGGCGCUCAACAAAAGAAACUAUGACGAGAUGCUUCAGAUCAUCAAGACUUCCAGCCUCGUCGGCCAGAGUAUCAUCUCGUACCUCCAGAAGAAAGGUUACCCGGAGAUCGCGCUGCAGUUCGUGCAAGAUCCGCAGACCAGAUUUGAGCUCGCUAUUGAGUGCGGAAACCUUGAGGUCGCAACUGAGAUGGCGAAAGAGCUUGACCGUCCCUUGAUCUGGCAGCGCUUGAGCUCCGAGGCUUUGAUACACGGCAAUCAUCAGACCGUCGAAAUGACGUACCAGAAGCUGCGAAAUUUCGACAAGCUAUCAUUCCUCUAUCUUUGCACUGGCGAUAAUGAGAAGUUGCAGCGGAUGGCAAAGAUUGCCGAGCAUCGCAACGAUUUCACUGCUCGGUUCCAGAAUGCGCUCUACCUCGGCGAUGUUGAAAGUAGGAUACACAUGUUCAAAGAGAUCGACCUGUAUCCAUUGGCAUAUCUUACCGCCAAAACCCAUGGGUUGACUGAGGAGUGCGAAUCCAUUCUUGAGAUGACUGGCCUUACCGAGGACCAGAUUGCUUUACCACAAAUAGGCACUGCUCUCAAGACCCCAGGAGCGAUCAUCCCGACACACAAGGCCAAUUGGCCAGUUAGAGAAGCCGCCCACUCCUCAUUUGAGAAGGCUCUGCUCGGCGAAGUAUCUGGCGAGGCCGUCGAGGAUGGCGAACCUGACCUGCUUAACGAAGAUGCGCCAGUCACGGGGGAGAGGGACGCCCUCGCGGAUGAUGACGAAGAUGCUGGUGAUGGUUGGGACAUGGGCGAUGACAUUGCUGCCGAUGCUGCUGGCACAGACUCUGAUUUCGUCAAUGUCGACAACCCCGAUGCUCCUGUGGAUGCCGCCGGACCAGGUAGCUCGGAAGCCGACAUGUGGGCCAGGAACUCACCACUCGCCGCCGAUCAUGUUGCCGCCGGUUCAUUCGACAGCGCCAUGCAGCUCUUAAACCGACAAAUCGGUGCUGUGAAGUUUGAGCCUCUCAAGCCACGGUUCCUUGAGAUUUACACUGCUUCGAAAACCUACCUACCCGCCAACGCGAGUCUGCCGUCGAUCGUCAAUUACAUCCGGCGCAACGUCGACGAGACUGACAGUCGGAAGUUCCUUCCUAUCAUCCCUCGCGACCUUGAGACCUUAACAAAUGGUGAUCUUCAGGAGGGCUACGCUGCUAUGCGGACGAAUAAGCUCGAAUCAGGCGUCGUUACCUUCAAGAACAUCCUUCAAUCACUGCUGGUGAACGUUGUUGGCUCCCAAAGCCAGGUUGAUGAGGCCACAGCUUUGAUAGCCAAGUCUGUCGAAUAUACACUGGCAAUGUCCCUGGAGCUCGAGAGACGCAAACUUGCUGCUGAUGCUGGAGAUAGUCCUUCGGAGGACCACCUGAAGAGGCAGCUCGAACUCUCUGCUUUCUUCACAGUACCAAAGCUUGAUGUUUCGCACCGACAGCUAGCGCUUAUGGCUGCUAUGAGAUUGGCACUCACCAACAAGCAGUACAAGAGCGCUCUUUCCUUCGCCAACCGCGUACUGGCUAAUGGCGGCGCCGCGAAGCUCCUUGAACAGGCAAAGAAGGUCAAAACGCAGUCUGAGCGGUCGGGAUCGUCCGAUAAGCUCGACAUUGAGUAUGAUCCUUUCGCCGACUUUGAUGUGUGCGCUGCUUCAUAUACACCAAUCUAUGGCGGCACACCCAGCGUGAGCUGUCCUUACGACGGUGCCAAGUAUCACGAGCAGUACAAGGGUUCAGUUUGCCGGAUCUGUGAGGUUUGCGAGAUUGGAAAGGAUGGGAGCGGAUUGAGGUUAUGGGUGCAGGGUCUGUAG